CCCCAAUAAUUAUUACUAUUUUUAAUAGCUACUUCAAGCUCAAGAAACUGUGUUAGUGAGGCUUCUGCCGAUCGGGUUAAGCCCCGAUUGGUAGAAGUUUUACUUUGUUGGUUGCCAAGGCCGACGUUUUAUUCGGCCGAGUACGGAGCCCCUGAGGCAACGGGAAGGCCUAUGUAGGUAGGCGAGUAGGCAUCUCGUAUGCCGCAGCCGCAGGCCCUCGUUAUUGCAGCGGUUCAUGGUGAAUUCUAUCGUGAAGCACAGUUUGAACAAGCUUAUUGUACCCUGGACUAAAGCAAAGGGUCAUGCCCCACAGGACUAAGCAGCAGCUACAUCCACGGUCAGCUCCGAGCCCGAUCCUUGCCGUUAGGAUCUUGGCCGUUCUCACGGUAAUCUUGCGUGACAAUUAGCGCAAAACUUCGCGCUCACUAAGCCGGGAGUCACACUGCCUUGGCCUUACCAAAAUGAACGGUGGCGUCGAGAUGUAUGCUGAGGUCCGCAUUAGUCUAAGUGCUGCAUAACAGACGUGUUUUUCCCAUUCAUCCAUCGUUUCUACUGUUUUGAAACUUUCCCAAGUUUUCCAGACGUAACAAUCAAUGGCUGCCGAAGGGAAAGCGCCCAGUAUGGGCGAGAGUGACGACAGUUCGUCGUCUUCGAUGCCAUCUGCUCUUGAUGCUGGAAAGCCUGUCGAAGAGGGUGAUGGCAAGGCAGUAGAGAGCUUGGCGGUCGGUGUCGAACCAGUGCGUGACGUCGAGAAAGCCGUUACGCCACCAGCGCAGCCCAAGGAACCAUAUACGACAUUCUCUCCUUCUCGCCAGAUGUUCAUUGUCAUUAUUGUCACCUUGGUUGGUUUCUUUGCACCUCUUUGCGGCGCCGUAUACCUUCCUAGUCUCAUUCUCUUCGAAGAUGUCUUUCACUCUUCUUCUAAAGUCAUCAAUGCCACCAUCAGUGUCUACUCGGCCAUCUUCGCCGUAACACCGUUAUUCGGCGCUCCAGCAAGCGAUUACCUCGGCAGGAAAGGUGUCUACCUGGUCACUAUGGUUAUCUUCCUCGUCGCCAACACCCUCUUGGCGGCACUCCCUCCUACUAUUGGAGGGCUGUUCGCCCUCAGAAUUUUCCAAGCACUAGGUGCUUCUGUCGCAACAUCUGUCGGCGCCGGUACUGUAGCGGACGUAACGCCGCCAGCCAUGCGAGCUUCGAGAAUGGGAAUUUUCCUUCUUGGGCCGAACCUGGGCCCUGUUCUCGGGCCUCUGAUUGGUGGGCAAUUUUCGACACCUGGUCUCUGGAGAUGGGUCUUUGGAUUUCUGUCCAUUGCUGCAUUCCCCGUCUUCCUACUGGUACUAUUUUUCCUCCCAGAAACUCUUCGCUCUUUGGUCGGGAACGGGAGUUACUUUACCAGCUCCCCCGGAUGGCUAGUAAAGCCACGUCUGCGCCAAAAGCGGAUCGUACCCGAGGGGGCUUACCCGAAGCCGCCCCGGCUGACCCCUAAGAGGUUGGUAGAAUUGCUUUUCUUCGUUCCGAACCUCAUCGUCAGCGUCGGGUCCGGCUUACAAUUCUCGGGCCUGUACUGCAUCUACAUCACUUUCCCUCGCGUCUGGCAACAGCGAUAUGGAUGGAGCGGAAGCGAGACAGGGUAUGCGUUUCUCGUGCCAGCCGUUUUCCUCCUCAUUUCGUCAUUGUUAGUCGGGCGGGUAUCAGAUAUGAUGUACCGUCGCUACAAAUCUCAGAACGAUGGAAAAGCCCCCCCGCCAGAGAAGCGAAUCGACAUACAGAUUUGGGGUUACCUAUUUGGGGCUGCUGGAAAGGCCAUGUUUGGGUGGUUCGUCUUCAAAAGCUAUCAUCCAGUAGCACCCUUGGCGGCGAGUGCUGUUGCCUCGGUCGGGACUGGGCUGGUCAUGGUGACUAGCACGGCGUACCAGUCAGAAUGCCAACCCAGCGCCACGGCGUCACUAGUAGCCAUCGCCGGCUUGCUGCGGAAUAUAGGCUCCGCAAUUGCGGCCGCUAUCAUUGACAGUCUGCUAAGAAGCUUGGGGCUUGGUUGGCUAUUCACUGGUUUGGCUCUGCUUGACGCCGUUUGGAUUGGUGCGAUAGCUUAUAUUCGCGUGCGGGGACAUACUUAUCGCAAGUCAUAGACGUAUAAAAUCAUUCGAACAGUUAAUAGAGAUGUAGCAGAAAAUUACUAGAAAACAAGAUUGAAGUCCGUCCAGUCAGGACGUAAAC